AUGGCCCACAGCUCACUCUCAUGGGUGCUGCUCCUCUUGUUGAGUAAUAAUGUGCGUAUCGUGCAGUCUUUGUCCCAACCAGUCAAAGUAAGGGUCUGCCAGAACAAAUAUUGCAAAAAGCGUUAUGCGAACCUGAAACAAUGUGUCUCGCAACUCCUUCCUGAGGCCAAAGUCGAGUCGUCGGGUUGUCUCUCCCAGUGUAACGACGGCCCCAACAUCGAAGUGGAAAGUGGAGGUCAUGCCACCAUAUUGAAUGGAAUCCAAGAUGUCACGACUGCCGCUAUUUUGCUCGAACAGAAUACGGAAAUGAGUGUUCCCAAGAUUCUUCUUGCCGCUUCCAAAAUUCUGGAGCAGGUACCCUCUCUAGAUUCGGCAGAAGGAUUGAGAUAUCUGAAUAGCGUCAUUUCCAAAUUGGAAGCAUCGGAAUAUAAGGCAUCACCUGCCAUGGCGCGAGCACUGGUGGUAAGGGCUGACUUACAUCUCCAAUCUGGAGAGCCAGGCAAAGCCUUGGAGGAUGCCCAACGAGUUCUAGAGCUGAAGCAGGUUGCCACCUCGGAGACCCUAGCCUUGGCCUAUCGGAUUCUGGCGGAUACGGAGGAAAACAAAGUCCGUGUCAUUGCAGUCUUGCAACAAUGGCAAAAGGAUCUCCCUGAGUUUCGCACCAAACUGCAACAUGAGAUUCAACGAAUAGUAGAUAGCAUGGACCACGAUGGUGAUGAUGGCAGUAAGGGAAGAAAUUCCUUCAUGCCUGUCUAG